AUGAUAUCAGGACCAACCAUCGCUGCAGACUCCAUCCCCGAGCUGUCAGAAGAUCUGCAGCUCGAAUACCUUGCCGAAGGAGGCGCGAACAUCGUCUAUCGAAUAUUCUUACCCCCUUCUGCUCCUUGUGCAAAGGAGACAAUCCUGCAGCCUUCUGAGGUCGAAUACUAUGGCAAUGCCACGCCACCACCGACAGAAGUCGAAGAUCAUGAUUUGAUGACCGCCGACAUCGAUGGCGAUGCCGAUUUUGACUUGGGUAUUACCAUCACCAGCGGGAAACUCCUUCGUCUCAGAAAGAACGUCCGCUUUGGCAUGCCAUAUAGAGAGACAGCGAAUGACUUCCACUCAACGAUACAGCCAUUGUUCGCACCAGAAGAACUAGUAGAUCAAUCUCUUGUGCGCGUACCACCGUCCCUGAUCCAGCGCUGCAAUGAGAAAUUACGGGAUAGCGAACGGGCGGAAUAUCCUAAACGAAGACCCGUUAUUCGUCAUGGCGUCUAUCUAGCUACUGACGAACCAUUGGGUAUGCUCAUUACUGACAUGACCAAUACUCCCACAAAACACCCAACAACACCCCCCAAAAAGACGAUGACAGUCACAGAACUGAAGCCGAAAUGGCUCGUCCAAUCACCCUCAGCCCCCCCAACCGCAAAACGCUGUCGCACAUGCGCAUUGCGAGACAUGAAAGCUGCCGAUAAUGCAAGUGUAUAUCUAAAUGCUCAUACCAACCGCAUCCAAUCAAGUCUAGGAAAAGCACCCUUCUGCCCUCUCGACCUCAUAUCCAACAACGAACAAGACAUACAACGCACAAUAGUCAAUAUUUUCGCCCGCCAUCGCCCAUAUCCGAAUCAAAUCCGUAUCAUCGCACGGCGGCUUUAUCGUCAUCCAACACUACUCAAACUCCUCUCACUGCAACGCCUACACAAUAAAGUUGGCCUGCAUGGUCCGCCGUCCGGGUCGAGAGAGAUGUCACUUUCAAUGACGUUGCGAGAUUGUUCAAUAUUCUUGAAGCUCCCCACCUCCGACGUAGAAGAGACGGAUCUAGAGAUGGGAACUAUCGACCUCCGCCUCGGCGAUCUCGAUCUCAAAUCAGCCGCUAAUGGGAAAGCAGAGUACUGGCUUGACAUUGAGAAUCGACUGAUUGAUGAAGGAUGGUAUAUGGGCCAGCAAGCGAGUCAGGAUAGGACGAAGGGGGAAUGCGUUUUGAGUCGUUAA